CGCAUGCGCUGUUCAAUCAACAUUUCCUCGUUCUUGGUGUGUACACAAACUACGUGGCUUCUCGUUGUGAUUUAGCGUAAGAAGUAACCUUCCUCUCAUUGCUUUACCUUCUGAUUCAUGUGGAUGAAAUUAGAUCCAAUUGACGAGUAGACCGGAUCAUCCAAAUACAGAAGUGGAACAUGACCCGUUCAUGACAACGAGCGAAACAACAACGUUGGUGAUUUCAUAUUCCAAAGAAAUAAGCCAUUCGGAAGAGGCUUACAAGAACUACCUGUAAACAUGUUGCCUAGGAGAAGACAAUGUAAAAUUAUCAUAGCCACAUCGCUAUUUUGGAUCUUUGUGGACUUUGUCUUAUUAAUGUACUACACUGCGCCCUGCGUCGGACCUAAAUGUCAGCAGCCCACCAACGAGGAUGGAUCGGGUCCCAUCAAGAGGAUUAUUGACAGAGCUAAUAAGUGGAUGAAUGAAUUACCAGAGGAGAGGAAACAAAUGGAGAUACCAAAGCCUGUAAAUUUAGAUGGCCCCGGCGAGAUGGGCAAACCCGUUAUUAUAGAACCGGAGGGAAAGCGGAGUCGGAGCGGUUAUGGCCCAUCAAUGAAUUCAACUUGAUGGCCAGCGAUAGGAUAGCACUCAACAGAUCAUUGCCUGAUGUUAGGCCCAGAGGUUGUGCCAACAAAGUUUAUCCCAAGAAACUUCCAACCACCAGUGUUAUUUUGGUGUACCACAACGAAGCGAGGAGCACCCUCCUGCGGAACGUUCAUAGUAUCAUCAACCGAUCACCUCACGACCUCCUAGCGGAGAUCAUCCUGGUUGACGAUGCCAGCGAUCAAGAACAUCUAGGAAAAAGCCUGGAGGAUUACAUCGCCAAGCUACCCGUGUCCGUCUACGUUGUGAAGAUGAAGGGCCGCUCUGGUCUGAUCCGAGCCAGGAUGGCAGGGGCAGCCGUGGCCAAGGGACAGGUCCUUACCUUCCUGGACUCUCAUUGUGAGGUGACGGAAGGAUGGUUGGAGCCCAUGCUUGCCAGGAUCGCUGAAGACAGGACGACAUCUGUUUGCCCGGUCAUCGACGUGAUCAGUGAUGACACCUUUCAGUACCAGCACGGUAACGACCCUCAGAUGGGCGGCUUUGGUUGGUCCCUCUUCUUCAAGUGGUUUCCGGUUCCUAAGAGGGAACAGAUCAGGAGGAAAGGAGAUCCAACUGAACCAGUCAGGUCUCCCACAAUGGCUGGUGGUCUGUUUGCCAUCGACAAGAGCUAUUUUGAGGAGCUAGGACAGUACGACCCUGGCUUCAACAUCUGGGGUGGAGAGAAUCUGGAAUUGUCUUUCAAGUUGUGGAUGUGUGGCGGUAAGCUGGAGUUCAUCCCCUGCUCCCACGUGGGCCACGUUUUCCGCAAGAAGUCUCCCUACCACUUCCCCCCUGGCACCAACUACGUUAACAAGAACAACAAGCGACUUGCCGAGGUCUGGCUGGACGAGUACAAGAACUUCUACUACAGGAUAUCGCCCUCUGUGGCCAAGACUGAUCCAGGAGAUAUCUCGGAUCGGUUGAACCUAAGGAAGAGCCUGAGCUGCAAGUCAUUCAAGUGGUAUUUGGAAAACAUCUAUCCGGAAUCAUCAUGGCCAGUCAACUACCAGUUUAUGGGUGAAGUGAGAAACACGGAGGCUCAUGUCUGUCUGGAUACUAUGAUGAAGGAGGCUGGUAAUAAAGUGGGUCUGUAUGGAUGCCAUGGGCAAGGAGGAAACCAGAUUUGGGCCUUUACCAAGAACAACGAGUUGAGGCAUGACGAUCUUUGUCUGGAUGUAGCGCGAGGAGGACCCGUCAUGAUGCUGAGCUGCCAUAUGCAGGGAGGAAAUCAACAUUGGAACUAUGAUGAAAAGUCGAAAGAGAUGAAACACAGCAGUGGCCUGUGCCUUGAUCUGAGCGACAAGUCAAAGGAGGAGCCUAGCGUUCAGGCUUGCAACGGAAAGAAGUCACAAAAAUGGGACCUUAAGACGCUCGACCUGAUAAGUUAAGAGUACCUAAGGCAAAGCAGAAGUGGUAUUUUUUUUUAGUGAUAGCCUUUUCCAAAUGUUGAUUGAAGAACGUGUGAAAGGUUCUGAAUGAGAAAUAGUAUGACAACAUGCUGCUUUUUGCUUCUGACAACUGAUUGUGAAUAUCUCCUAAAAUCAACACAGGACUUCACACUCAAGGAGGCACCCAAACUUUUAAUGAGAUAUCUAAAUACAAGGAUAUAAAUAUAUCAAUUUUGUUUCUAUCUGAGGUAGACAAUACAAAAGCAUUUUAUGAUUUUUAAUCGAUUUGGAGUUUUCAAUUAACAAUUAUGCGAUAAGUUUUUUCCUGUGAGGUUGAACUGGCAAAAUCGAAGGUAUUUGGUAAUUUUGUGUCCCAUAUUUACCAAACAUCAUCGAGUUAUGAAAAACAAUCUAUUUUAUGAGUAUCAUCUUUUGGUAAUAUUUGUUCUUAGAUGCUCUAGUAGAGCUACUGUACAUGUAUACACUCAAUUUAACCCGCAAAUAAAUCAAAUUAUUUGAUGUUUAUGUUGUCUUGAACAAUGGGAUAAAUCUGUACCUUUGAUUUGCCCCAAAACAAGCACAUGUGAUGUCUUUUUAUGGAUUCCAGUUUAUUAGACUUGUCGAAUGUCGUCAUGGCAAGUUGAAGAAGAGCAAUAAGGUUUCGUUUUAGACAACAAAUUAUCAGCUGAUGUGACUUAAAUUUUUUGUAGUAUUCUUUUUUGUAUUUUUUUAGAUUAUGAAUAGAAUAUGAAUGCUCUUUAUCCAUCCAUUUUGAGAAAGUUCCAAUUUAUGUUGUUUUGUCUUUAGUCAGGGGUAACUGUAAAACAAGAAUGUUUUGCAACAUGAAACUGUACCGCGUUGAAUAAUGAUUGCCGUUUUCACAAUUUUUCUUCUUCUGUGAAUGCAUGUUGCAAUCAUUGUGACUCAAUCUAAUUGUGAUAUUUCACCGCGUGAUACUUUCUUGAAUUCAAACCACUUGUCAAAUUUGCGAAAGUUUCAUGCAUGCCAGAUUUCUUGGUUUUAAGGUAUUUGAUUUCCAUUUCUAUUGGGCGAUUUCUCUGUCUUUGAUAUUCGUUUUUUGUCAUGUGUUUGAUCAUCCGUCGUCAACUUGUUUCAAAAUUUAUUGUAGCAAGUUCAGAAGAAUUUAUGAUUGUACAUACCUGGUUGUAGUUGCCACCUCUUCAUAAAGGCCACCUUCUUAGAAUGGUCAUGCAGUUUGUCUCCCUUGAGAACGAAGUGUGUGUCAUAGAACCUGUCUAGAAAGGCCACCUGUCUGCAGUGGCCACCUUUUCUGUUUCUUAUGUUAAUGAUGUUUGAUAUCAUUUUUUUGACAAUGUUCGGGAGAUUUCAUAUCAUUCAAAACGUAUAGAGUCUAUCAUGAGUUGUCACGCUUUCUUUAGUCACUAGUAUUAUGAACUAGAUAUACCAGUGUGAGCAAAUUUCAAACAUCAAAAAUCAAAAUGGGUAGAACUAAGACAUAAGAUGUAGGGGAGAGGUGUAUGAACGCACACAGGUCUUUCUAAAUGUAGAUGUACGUGUAGAAGGAAGAUUUCUUGUGCUUUACGUUGAUUUUAUUCAAAGAAAAUUAUUUAAUGUCUUUCUUAAAUUGGUAGAUACAUAUACAGUUAGAUGUACAUUGUACAGUAUGUUUCUGGUGUUGAACAUUAGUGCGGCAGUGUGUGCGUGGUGGAAGAAAAGAGAUGAUGGUUGUGAUGUGGUAGGUUUUUUUUAAAUAUUUUAUUUUUUAUUGAUUACCGGUAUUAAAAAUCAAACACGCAAUGCUGUUUCGCCGCCCUGUGCCAGAUCUCCUUUUCUUUUUUCACCCAAUAGAAGAAUGUGACUCUCAAAAAAUGCUACAAUUACAUGGUUAUUAUUGGCCUGCUAAACUGGUAAUGGUGAAGAAAGGGCAGUGGUAGACUCUUUUAAUAGCUCUAGAUAGGUCUUAUUCUGCAGUAUGUACACAAUUUGUACAUUUUUUUCUGAUCUUUUUCUUUCUAGCCUAAACAUCUUAACCUCAGUCCAACAUUACUUUAGUGCCAUCUCCAUACGUUGAUAAUUUGCAUAGCAUUUUUUAAUGAGUAGCACUCAAAUCAAACUUGAACAUAUAUCACAGAUUCAUCUUGUAUUUUUAUACUCUUUUUCUAUCUCUGUGUUUGGAAAAUAUUAGUACAGUUAUAUGUCAAUUUAUACACAUGUUCAUGAUCAUGCUAAAUUGCAAUUAUAUUGUAAUUAUUGUAUUCUGCGAUUCGUAAUUCUCCAUUUACAUGUAGUUUGUGUUUCCAUUUUUGCCAUAUUUUUUCCCCAUUAUAUUUAUGUUACUAAAUUGCUUUAUUGACCUAAAACUCAUACUUCACAUUAGUACAUUUGCUAUUCUAGUAUUGUUUAUCAUUUCAAGUGCAUUAUGCCUGUAAGAUAUGCAAUCAAACAUCUGCUCCUGUACUUUGAUUUGUAUUUUGAGGUUGCAGGCUAUUAGUUAUGUACAGUAUUUCUUCAUUUCUUAUUAGAAGAUUUUAAGCAAAAAGUGGGGGUCCCACACCAAGUCACUGUGAAUGUUUGAACUGAUAAAUAACUAUUGUCCCAUAGUGGCCAAUUUUGUAAAGGACUAAAUAAAUAAUCCUUUCUUCAUCAAAUUGGCAACACUGCUGUAUUUUUCCCUAAGUGACGAGUGUGACAGAAAAAUUUCACCUGUUUACCUGGGAGAGAUAGGAACGAAGAUUAUGGUUUGUUUUAUUAAAGAUAGUAAACAUUUUGAUUUUAUCAUUGUUGCCAAUUUGAAAAUUCAAAUAUUUUCACCUCUUUUGAAUAUUCUUGGCAUUACACAAUCUUGUAUGCUGCAAGAAAAUAAAUAUGUACAUGUUGUGUUUGGUCCAGGGUAGGAGUUAGGAAAUCGCUUAGUGUACAACCUUGCCUCUGGAGCAGUUGUCACAGAAGUAUGUGGGGUAAACCAAACUAUACCUCGUUUAGGACUUGGUACUGCUUUGUAUUUGCUUUUGUAUAUUUUGAUUUGGAUGAUAUGCCUUUGGGUCCAUAUGCACAAUGGCUGCUCACAUGUUGUUUCCAUCUGUCAAAUGGCAUCCGAGCUGCAAUAUUUUAAACAUAUUUGUCUUUGAUAUCAUUUUAUGUGGUAAAGCUUGCAUUGAAAGUAGUCUUAUUUAUUUCAUGUUUUGGAGUAAGUACUGUUAACUUGUUGAGUGGUUUGCAAACUGUUGUUGAAUGCUUACGGAGUGAACAGGAACCCGUUUCACAAAGCCUUUAUUCAAUGACAAAUGACAAAAAUCAGUGACAAUCUGCUGAUAACCAAUCAGAAGCAAGGAUUUCACUAGCUCAUAACAAAAACUAUCAUUUGUCACUGAUGAUGAUGUUUGUGAAAUGGGGGCCCAGAUUUAAACUUUCUUGCGUCGGCCUUUGCGCAGUUGGACCAAAGACGUUGAUGAAUGCUUCUGUUAAACUAAUCAACUCAAUGAUACAUAAUUUUAGUGCCUUAGCCAUGUCUGUAUUUGAAUUUUCUUGAACUGCAGAAUUUAAAACUGUUUUACAAACAUUUUUAUUGUGUUAUAUUCAAUCACCGGCUUGAUAUAUUAUGUACUUCAUGCUUUUGUAUAUUUUCUGAUGUGUUUCUUAAAGAUGUCCUACUUGUCUAUUUAUUCUGUAUGAUUAGUUUUCUUACUGUUUAAUUUCCUUACUCCUACAUGUAGGUGUCUUUUUAUCUCUAACUUUUAUAGAAAAUAUGAAUGUGAAAUUAAAGCACUGAUGGUGUCAAUUUGAAAUUUCAUAGUUAGUAACUUUGCCUUUUAUGUUUUUCUUUGAAUAGUACAUGUACCAUGUACAUGCCAGGAUAUGAUAUAAUCAUGUACAUUAAAAAAGAUUGUUUUGUAGUAGUAGUAGGAGUUAUCAUGCCUUAUAAUUCAUUAAUUGCCACAUUGCCACAUUGUCAGUUUCAUAUGUGGUUCUGUUGUAUAAACUUGUGUGCAAAAGAUGUACGGUUCUCUUCCUGUAAAAGAAAAAAAAAAGAGCCCCAAAGGGUUCAAAAUAUGUUUUUUUAAACUAAAAUUCCUUGAAAUUAAAACUGGCUUCACUAAAGAUUGACUCCUUAGUUCUUUAAAGCAGUCCAUGUAUAUUUUCUGCAUAUUUGUUAGUGAGAAAUAUAUUUAUUCUAAAUUGUUUGAAAUAUACUUCUUUAAAUUCAUUAUUUUGCAUUUUCGUUUUAGGAAUACCAUAGUCUCAAACUAGAGUUACUCUGCCAGACCAACUCUAAAUUGGCCGGUAAUCAAUAAAUAUCGGCCCGUUUGGGAUGUUAGCAUUUUUAUUAUCAGAAGACUCGCAAGACCAAAACAGAAGGCUAAAUUUGGUUCCAUGAAACCUUUGAUCAAUAUUAAAUGAAUCAUUUGCAUUUUAGGUUUUAUUUUCUUACAACUUUCUUUGUACACUUUGAGAGAUUCAUAUUCUGUAUUUUUUCCAUUCAUAUUUGUGAUAAUGUGUAUCUACUUUUUUAUACAUUACUAAUUGUCAUAUAAUACUUGAUCAUGUAAUAACUUAUGACUAGAUUUGUAGAAAAUGAGCGUUCAGCAAGAUAUCAGUUAUUACGAGUUGCGUUUAGGGAGUAUGUGGAUGAUUGUUUGAUGAUCAAGAAUUGAUGAUUACUUGGUUCUCUUCAUAAGAAUAACAAAACAGGGAUGCCAGUUUUCAGGCAAUAGCCUGAAUUCAGGCCCUGGCAAAUUAUUUUCAGAGCGUAGUUUAGGCUUUUUUGUGUCCAACUAGCUCAUUCUAGGUGAUUAUCAGGCCCUCUGAUCAAUUCUAACUGGCAUCCUUGAUAUUAGGAUGGGAUGCAGGGAGGUGGAUAAAAAAGGAAAUGUUGAUAUAAUUGAUUGCAUGAAGAGCUUGAUCACAAAGACUUUCAAAAAUAAACCUAAAGCAAUUUCUAAAGCCUUUGCCCAUCACCUGCUGUAAUAUGUGAACAUUACAAUGACAGGUUACACAUAAAGCAAACAUGAUGUCUAUAGCCAAUACAAUAGGGAUUUCCCCUUUUGUUGAUUUUGUUAAAGUCUUUAAGAUCUUGUUACAAGUGGUUGUGUCAAUCGUUCUGAAAGCUGCUUGUUGUAGAAAGGAAGAUAUUGAAUCAAUUGUGAUACUUGGGGGUUAUUGUAAAAUAAUAGAUCAUAAUUUUGAAUGAUUCAGUGCCACCUAUAUGUAAGAUUGUGCCAGGGAACAGCAAAUUUUAUACUAUAAACGAUCAUCAUGAAAAAAAGUCUAAUUCCUGCAGGUUCAUUUGUAAGAAAUGGCUUUUCAAUUAUAUUAUAUGAUAGGGCUAAUUUUGAAGAAUGAUGGUGCUAUGUAACAAAAUGGAAUUACAACCUAAAUCGCUGCUUGGCCUACUUUUGAUUUGUAUCAAUAUAAAAUCAAAAUUAAAACUCCUGUGCUUUUGGAUUCAUUAUAUUUGUUAUGCCAUUACCAUGUAUCAGAAUUUCAUUCCUUCUCUUUUAAUACAUUUUGAUCAUGGUAUUCUGAUUGUUUACAGUGGUUGCUGCUAUGUUAGGAGUCUUCAGGCAAUAUCAUCAGGAAUAGCCUGUAAGAAGUUUACUUUUAAUGCUUUAAAAUUAGUUACAUGAACACAAGUACUUUCAACAAAUCAACUUAAUGGCAAUUUUAAUGGCAUUGCCUUUAGAAAUGUGUAAUACGGUAUUGGUCAUGUUUGAACACUGCAAUGGAUGACUAACAAGGUCAUUGAAACUGCCUUAGGUUAGGUUGAUUUUUUGAGAGUCUUUGCGAUUCUUUGUUUCAUUUGAAUAUAAUUAACUCUGAAUAAGUCAUAUCAGUUUGGGCCAGAACAGAAAAAUAGUUUGACUUACAGAAAAUUCAAAUUUUUUGCAUAGUUGUGUCCAAACAAUUGAUUUGACUUCAAGUUAUGCAGAAUUAACUAUUUCUAGGGUACUAGGCCUUAACAUCCAAUAUGGAUUAGGAAGCUGGUAAAUAAUAUUUUUUUUUAAAGCGUAUUUGAUGAGAAAACCUGUCAUCAUGUUCAUUUAGUACAGCUUGUAGCAUCUUGUUUAUAAAUUGUAAACUGAUACCACGUACAAAUAAUUAUGAGAGUAUGAUGUCAAACUCAUUUUCUGUGCCUUUCUGUAGUAUUGUGUCACUUUUACAGGGAUUGCUUUUUGGUGACCUUCACAGUGACCUUGUAAAUAUCUCAUCUGUACUAAUACUACUACUACUGAAUUGAUCUAUGAAAAAUAUAUACCAAGUCCAUAUUUCAUGUUGGACUUAUAAGAAGAGAAA